AGAAGGCGGAAGUAGGGAUCGCGGCUAUGGCGGCAGCUGGCGUGGGGCAGCAGUGGGUGUUAGUGGAGAUGGUGCAGGCCUUCUACGAGGUCAGAUCCUACCUGAGAAUGCUGGCUCCUACUUACCAUCUCAUUUUAGAAGGAAUUCUGAUUCUAUGGAUAAUCAGACUUCUUUUCUCCAAGACAUACAAGCUUCAAGAGAGAUCUGAUUUAACACCUAAGGAAAAAGAAGAGUUGAUUGAAGAAUGGCAGCCAGAGCCUCUUGUACCUCCUGUGCCAAAAGAUCACCCAGCUCUCAACUACAACAUUGUUUCAGGUCCUCCCACCCAUAUAAUCACUGUUAAUGGCAAGGAAUGUAUAAACUUUGCAUCAUUUAACUUUCUUGGACUUUUGGAUAAUGAAAAUGUUAAGACUGCAGCUCAGGCAUCUCUGAAGAAAUAUGGUGUUGGCACUUGUGGACCUAGAGGAUUCUAUGGUACUUUUGAUGUGCACUUGGAAUUAGAGGAACGACUAGCAAAAUUCAUGAGGACAGAGGAAGCUAUUAUAUACUCUUAUGGAUUUGCAACAAUUGCUAGUGCUAUUCCUGCAUAUUCAAAAAGAGGGGACAUUGUGUUUGUAGAUGAAGCUGCUUGCUUUGCUAUUCAGAAGGGAUUACAAGCAUCUCGUAGUAACAUCAAAUUAUUUAAGCAUAAUGAUAUGGCUGACCUUGAGCGACUGUUGAAAGAACAAGAGACUGAAGAUCAAAAGAAUCCUCGUAAGGCCCGUGUAACUCGAAGGUUUAUUGUAGUAGAAGGAUUGUAUAUGAACACAGGAGACAUUUGCCCUCUUCCAGAAUUGAUAAAACUGAAGUAUAAAUACAAAGUUAGAAUAUUUUUGGAGGAAAGCCUUUCAUUUGGAGUCCUUGGAGAACAUGGAAGAGGAAUCACUGAACACUUUGGAAUAAAUAUUGAUGAUAUAGAUCUUAUUAGUGCAAACAUGGAAAAUUCACUGGCUUCUAUUGGAGGAUUUUGCUGUGGAAGAUCUUUUAUUAUUGACCAUCAGCGAUUAUCUGGUCAAGGCUACUGUUUCUCUGCAUCCCUACCUCCUUUGUUAGCUGCAGCUGCUAUUGAGGCUCUGAAUAUUAUGGAAGAUAAUCCAGGUAUUUUUCAGACUCUCCGGGCUAAGUGUGAACGAAUUCACAAAGCUUUACAGGGGAUUUCUGGCUUAAAAGUAGUGGGAGAAACUUUUUCUCCAGCAUUGCACUUACAGUUGGAAGAAAGCCAUGGAUCUCGGGAAAAUGAUGUCAAGUUACUCAAAAGAGUUGUGGAUUAUUGCAUGAAUAGUGGUAUUGCAUUAACUCAGGCCUGCUAUCUGGAGAAAGAAGAAAAAUGUCUUCCUCCACCCAGUAUUCGAGUAGUGGUAACAGUGGAACAAACAGAACAAGAGCUGGACAAAGCUGCGUCACUUAUUAAGGAAGCUGCACAGUCUGUAUUGAAUUAGACUGCUGGAUUGGAUUCCUCUUUCCCAACUUACCAGGUUGUGUUUUACACUAUGUAGUGACUUCCAGGUUUUUCCACUCAUGACACUGAAAUAUGUCUGAGUAACAAGAUUGUUCCAGAACAGUACAAAUGCAGUGAGGGGAAGAAUGCUGAAUUUUUGGACCUAUGAAUGACACAGUGUACUUGCAAUUCACUCUACCACUUACCAGCAUUUUUUCAAAUGGGAUAUCACUGUUGCAUAUAUGACUCUUUCAUAAGUUGCAUCUAAGAAGUUUUCAGUUGAUUUCUUCAAACGCUUACAUGUUUUAAAAAAUGUGUAUGAAUGUUGUUUUCUUCCAAAACAUCUAAAAUGUAUCACUUUCUCCACAUAUCCUUAGAAUUUAGGAACUUCAAACAAGUUUCAAGGAAAUCUCCACACGCACACCCUAAAGAUAGGCUGUUCCUAAUACUGUCAAAAGGGAGAAAAUAACACUUUAAGAGAUGAUUUUAUGCUAUGUUAUGUCAUUUAUGAUUGAACUAUAGAAGGAACAUAAAUUCCUUUUUUGUUUAUAUCUUUCCCUAACCAUUUUUGCAAACCAAGUUUUAAGAAUGUCUGGCCAGAUAAUUCCAUUCUCUAAAUGCUAAAUCCAUAUUAAAUACUACUUUCUUCCUGCAUUUCACACGUAAUUAUAUGCAUGUUUGAUACUAUGGGUGAGGUUUUUCAUAUGUUUAACUGUAAAACAUGUAACCUGAAAAUUGAAAUUCAUGUAAUUCCUUUAUAGUAUGUUCAGUCAGGCAGACUUUGUGCUCUUCUUGAAAAGGAGUUAUAAGCAGCAUGAAGAAUGAAUGAAGAUUUUGAAACAGCAACUCUGUACUAGUUUAGUCAAACUACUUUGAAGCGCUAUAAUGGUGUGUGCUACAUUUUGUUUCUGAGCAGCUAUACCUUAGAGGGAAAGAUGGAUAGCCAAUAAGAGUUUAGAUUGUAGAAAGAUUACUGAAACACAACUCAAUACUUGCACAUAAAAACCCUACAUAACUGGAUAGUAAUAUAUGGAGGUUAUGCUGUCCAGAUUUUCAGGAAGCACAGAUGGACUUUACAGAGAUGGACACAUUACACCUAUCAGAGGAAACUGGUAAGGAAGAAUGACAGUCAACUGUACCUUCUUAUAAAAUAAAAAUGAUAGCUAUGUAGUUCAGAAUUUUGCUUUAAGAAUGCCUGGUCUGUCUUCUGGGUUAUUUUGUAUUUAUGUGCCUUUUUGGUUGCUGCUACAGGACUAUUUUUUGAGAAACAUUUUUGUUUAAAUAAAAAGUUAAUCAUGUUUGAUUCAGAUUUUUACUUAUUGUAUAAUUAGAUUUUGUAGCAUGAUCAACUGUAUUUUGUUGAAUAUUCUGUGUCAGAUAUGCACAGUCUGUGUUGCCUCCUUCAGUUUAUAAUGACUGUCCAUACACUGGCUUUCAAAACUUCUCAGCUGCAGGCACUCAGAUAAACCACCUAAAGCUGUGUUGGUGCACCACUGUGACUGUUGCUUGACUGUUUGAAAUAGUCAAAUCAUUAUCUGCUGUGCAACACAGAGGAACAGUCACUGCAAUGUGAAAGAGUAUUCCUAUUUCACUGACAUUUGUGUUUUCUCUAUUAACUGUGAGUAAAAGCUUGUGAGAAGCCAACAGUUCCAAAGAGUGAAAACAUGGGGAGGGAAGCUGAUUCCCAUUUCACAGACUGGAACUGAAGUGCAGAACAAUCAACCUACUCAAGACUAUCAGAAAUUAGAGUGGAUAAUAUAAACCUGAAUCAAGCCUUUGAUGUGUAAGAUGGGAACAAAUGAGGUACUUUGAUUCCAGUGCAGCAUAAUAAAUGGGUUUGGAGUUCAAGGUAAACCUGUGAAGGUAAGCAAAUCACCAAUUAGCAUUGAAAUACUAGGUUGCAGGAUCUAUAUUCACUUCUUGGCUUUUAUUUUUUUUAUUAUUUUUAUAUAUAUUUUUUUUUAAAAACUGUCUGCAAAUGGGAACUCUCUUGUUGCAUUUUUGAGAAUUGGCAGCACUCUUUAGAUACAGGGGUUUGUUUCGUUGGUUUUCGUUUGGAGUUUGUUUGUUUGUUUUUUCAGUUUAAAGUAAAGUGAUAAUACCUAAAUUUCCAGGAAGCAGGGUGGAAUCUCUGGCAAUUUUGAAGCUCAGACUUCAAACGUUCUGAUGAAACUAAAGUUCAGGUGUGUUGCUGAGAGAUACUAUUAUCCAAUUAAUUUUGCAAAUAAACCCAGCAACAAACCGUUGGAAAAAUGGCCUUUGUCGAUUUUUGUUGUCCACAGGUGUAUAGAAAAGAAGCAUUUAGAUCACACUAAAGUGAGCGCUUUGUGAUUAAUAGCACCUGAAGUACUGUUAUAAUGUGUGUUUUACUGACAAGUUAUAUAUGCAGUCUCUGUGAGAAAUUAAGGCACUUAUGAGAUGUAGUUGAUGGAGAGAUGUAUCCCUGGUCAAUUUAAGCAUGUCUGGUUCUCUUUUUUCUUUUCUAAUAAAUGUCUCUGACAUGGCAAGCA